AUGGACAACCAAAGGCAGCAGCACUAUAUCCCUGGGCCCCCACCCCUCAAUGCUCAGAACAACAUGUCUUAUCUCCCACCUCCUCCUCCAAGACAAAUGGGCGUUCCUCCUCCACCCCCAGGCCCUCAUCCAUCAGCAUAUCCUGCUGGAACCGUGUUUGGGAUACCGGGAGGCUGGAACCAAAGUUAUGGGCGUCCAAACAUGGGUCACACACUCCCUCCUCCACCUCCCAUGAACGCGAAUCAGAGUCAGCAGUACAACAUGGCAUAUGGCAACCCUGGAAGAGCGCCUAAUACAUUGCCUCCACCUCCGAGAAGAGAUGAUAUGCCCGUACUUUCUGCGACCUUCAUCCCAAGUGGGGACUCCUUCGGUCCAGGCGUCGGCAUCCCGGCAUUAGAUGACUUCUCUACCUUCUCAGGUUAUGACGGUUACGAUCCUGCUGCCUAUGCUGAUGCCUCCUUGCAGGGCAACAGCUAUACAUCUAAUUCUGCCUACAGUUCCAAACCCACUUCUGCUGGCCCUGAUGCCUCAAGAGAUACCCGCGCUGCCUCCGCCACUUCUAAUCGUCCAAAGUUUCCUCAGCUUCGAGAAAAUCCAGACCCUAUUUCUCCAGGCCCUCCAACUGCUAAUUUGAUCAGCCAAGCCUCCGGAAGACCACGCGCUCUGAGUGCUAUGACUCCUCAAAACACUUCCUCCGAGCUAGCUAAUCAAUGGCCUUUGGAUAGGGUUCUGCUGUGGCUUGCCAAAAACAGUUUUUCCAGUGAAUGGCAAGAGACAGUCCGUAUCUUACGCCUUGAGAAAGCUGAUUUUCUAGAACUUGGACGUUCCACUGACAUCAGAAGCAACCUCAAUCGUAUGCAUCAGUUCAUCUAUCCACAGCUCAAUAAAUUAUGCAAACAAAAUGGUAUCGAUCCCAAGAAAGAAAGAGAUGAUGGCAAGAGGUUGCAACGAUUGAUUUCGGGUAUUCUUCAGGGCGAGCCAUCUUCGAGUGCAGGAGCCGGCCACCGCAGACGUGAGUCCGGUCUUACAAGCGCUUCUGCAGACUCAAACCUGGAAGCUUCGCCUCACCUCGGAAGUGCCGCUACUCCCAGCACGACUGGCCCGGAAGGAAGUCCUGCAAGGUCAACUUUUGGUCCUUCAUUUGGCCAGAGGAUGCAGCAGGAGAGAAGUAGUACCAUGCCUGUUUACCCCAAGCAGUCGAGUAAUGGUUCAACGCCACAAGAAGGUCGUCAUGCCGAAAGCUUUGGCCCGCCUCCAACAGGCCGCGCAGACUAUACCAGAACCGUCCUCAACGGUAUAGGCAACCGAGGUCGCCAUAGCCCAAACCUUUCUGGGGAUGCUUCAUCGCUUUCCACGCGCCAGGAUGGCAGUCCAGGUCAAAGUCCUGCACUUGGCCACUCCGUACCUACUCAAAUUCAAUCAACCCCACACCUACCUUUACGCGACCCAGCCAAAAUCCAAAGUGCCGAUACUUUUCAGAAAGCGACUGGCUUCUCUCGUGGUAAUGCUCCGGCGAACAUCGUCACCACUGAAGUUCCACUCGGAGCAGGCAGGUUCUACGAAGCUCACAAAUCAGACGGCCGUCCAGAAACACAUCGCGCAUAUAGCAAUGAGCCUCACAUGAAGGAGCCUAACAAGAGUUUCUUGAGCAAAGUCUUUCGAGGUGGUAGAAAACCAGAUCCUAACGAUUCUAUGUUUGAGGAGCCAUCUCCCACCAGUCCCCGGGAUUUCCUACCAAAGUUGCCCUAUGCACGUACCCAGCUCAACCAAAGCGAUGCUGCUGCAGCACAACGGCCUCAGUCCGCCACGGUCGAAAAUGAGCGAGCAGACUUGUUGCCUAGGAAAGUGCCAAGAAGAUUCAUCAUGGUAACGCCAGACUACUGGAAUUACCGCCUAAUUGACGUAACAGACGUUGAGUCAGCAACUGCUCUCAAGCACAAGAUCGCCCUUGAGCUGGGUCUUGCCGAUAUGGAUUAUGCGCAAAUCUAUGUGACAGAGCCUGGCAAAGUUGAACACGACGACCCUCUGACCGAUGCCAUGCUUGCAGCCGCACGUAGCGGCGCUGACACGUCCGGCAACCUCAAGCUCUACGUCCGCAGCCCAACGCUGUCGGCAUUGGCACCUCAUGGUGAUGGGCUAGGUAUGUUUGCCUCGCAGACUCAGUACCAGCGUGAAUCUUUGGGCAAACCAAUGAGUAGAGAGCAGCUCCAGAAAGCGGCAGAGGCUUAUCGAGAGGAGACAGAGAAGAAACGGCAAGCCUACCUACUAUCACGGGACAACAAAAGGAAUCAAACGUCCGAAGCAGGUACGCCUGUCUUCGACUUUGAUCACCCCUCGCCAAGAGAUUCGUCUCUAGAAAAGAAGAGCGAUGAGCUUGUGCCCUUACGCAAGCCACCUCCUGCGCCAUCUGCUUCACAGAUGCUUACCAAGGUGAACUCUCUGCGAAUGACCUCGCAGCACAAGAGCAGAUCAUCUAUCGACAAUAGUAAAAGAUCAUCUGACAGCUUGCAAGAUGAGCCUUCUUUAUGGAGCCGCAGCCGUUUCGAUCCAUCAGGAGGUAUUGGUGCAGCUAUUGCAUCUUCGAGCAAGAUUGCUGUGCUACCGGCGGCCGCAAGUGGUCCGAAACCGCCACGUACUGUUACGAUUGGGAAUGUCGACAACAGUAUGCCCAAACCUCGAACACCUUUCAGACAAGACACUGUAGACUCGUCGCCUCACAUUCGGGCUGGGACCGAUUCUAUCUUGCAGGAUGGUAUGGGACGACGAAAAUCGUAUGGCCCAGAUCUGGAAUUCAAGGAGACUAACGUGGCAUUCGACUCAUCGCCCAAUCCACAGCCUUCCAGUAAGGAUGACUCCGAUGAUGAUUCUGAUGAGGGCCUGUUUGCGAUAAAGAUAAGACCCAAGGCCGACACACUUAAGAGGAACGACCAUCGACCAGCGUUAACAGUUGACACUGAUCAUCUCGCUGGCAACAAGCGCAAAUCGGUAGCUUUUGCGAAGACACCAUCAUCUAAUGAUAGUGGCUCCGCAGGCGCUGUCAACACUGGCGACGAAAGUGCCGGCACCGCCACCAGUGAUGGUUACAACCAGCGGAGCUUUUCCGGAGGUAGUGCUGGUUGGGAAGACCGUUCACCUGAAGAAGGACGAGCUCGUCCAAACUCCUUCUACAGCGAUAUCUGGGCAAAUCGUCCCGUGGUCGAGAAUAUCGUGGAGGCCCUCGACCAAUACUUUCCUGGCGUCGAUCUCGAUAAGCCAUUCAUGGAGGUUGGUGGGGAAGGCUCUCCCAUGUCGUCCGAUCGUAACCCAUUGGAUGAGCUCAAGGCCCGACUUGGUCAGAAUAUCACGUUUGGAACUCAUGGGCUGAACCUUGACUUUGAGAAAAAGAAGGACUCUGACACUCUAGGAUCAGAUGAGUCAACUUUGAAGGCAAACCAAAGAAACAAGGUUGCCAGUGUCGCCAGCCGACAAUUGACCAAGUCAGGAGGUCUCAACCGCAUGAAGUCCAUCAGAGAAGUCGCUCAAAAGGCCAACGAUCUUAAUCGAGGUCCAUCGGUCGCAUACAAGGCACAACAAGCAGUUCAGCCACAGCAAAACAAUGCCAUGCUGCGUAGGAAGAGUACAAAAAUGUUCGGCGCAAAUAUUGUUCAAAUAAAACCACAACGUGGUAGUCGGUUGAGUCAGUUGGAGCCAAUUCCUCAAGAAGACGUGCCUACCGAGAACACGCCCGCACGUCAGGCUACCUUCAAGAUCAUAAGAGGUCAGCUGAUUGGCAAAGGUACUUACGGCCGCGUCUAUCUAGGCAUGAACGCUACCACUGGUGAAUUCCUUGCAGUCAAACAGGUAGAGGUCAACCAGAAGGGCUCACAGAACGACAAGGAACGCAUUGCAGAAUUGGUAAAAGCACUUGAUAUUGAGAUUCAAACCAUGCAGCACCUCGACCAUCCGAAUGUUGUGCAGUAUCUUGGUUGCGACAGACAGCCACUAUCCAUUUCUAUCUACCUCGAGUAUAUUUCCGGUGGCAGUGUCGGUUCCUGUCUGCGUAAACACGGCAAGUUCGAAGAGUCUGUAGUGAAGUCGAUGACUAUACAGACUCUAAAGGGGUUGAAAUACCUGCACGAUGAAGGCAUCUUGCAUCGAGACUUGAAAGCAGACAAUAUUCUUCUUGAUCUUGAUGGAACAUGUAAGAUAUCGGAUUUUGGUAUCUCCAAGAAGAGCGACGACAUCUACAGAGACGAUAUUACAAACUCUAUGCAAGGCUCGGUCUUCUGGAUGGCUCCAGAGGUAGUCAGAACCGACGCAGGUGGCUACUCUGCCAAAGUUGACAUCUGGUCUCUAGGCUGUGUGGUCUUGGAAAUGUUUGCAGGCAAACGUCCUUGGUCGAGAGAGGAAGCCAUUGGAGCCAUCUUCAAACUUGGCUCUUUGCAGCAAGCUCCUCCUAUCCCUGAGGACGUUACGGCGACAGCAAGUGUGCAGGGCCUAGCUUUUAUGUACGAUUGCUUUCAGGUUAAUCCUGCUGAUCGUCCAACUGCGCAGACGUUAUUGGAGCAUAGUCUGUUCUGUAUCGAAGAUCCAUAUUACAAUUUCUUCGACUCUGACCUGGCUCAGAAGUUAAGGUUAUCAAACAUGAUGCCAGUGCAAGCCUAG